AGUUGCUUUGUGGGACAUCUGGAAGGCCAGCGGCUCUUUUAGGAGUCGUUAAUUCAAAUAUUCACUCCGAGAACUUUUACCGAGCCCCUGUGUGCUGUUCUCGGCUCUAGGCUUUGAGGGUUCGGCCCACUGUGGACCGAGCACGGUGACCGAGCUCCCAAAGGAAGAUACGGGAAGGUUAGGUCGAUGGCGGAAGCUGCUCUUUGGCGUAAAUUGCAAUCGAUUAGGGAUCGUUUCUCAGACUCAAGUUAGAAGUGAGAGUUCAGAUAAGUGAGGCCGCCAUUGCUGCUUUGAACACCUCAAGGGGAGAAUGGAUUUAUCAGGAGUGAAAAAGAAGAGCUUGCUAGGAGUCAAAGAAAAUAAUAAAAAGUCCAGCACUAGGGCUCCUUCUCCUACCAAACGCAAGGACCGCUCUGAUGAGAAAUCCAAGGAUCGCUCUAAAGACAAAGGGACCACCAAGGAGUCGAGCGAGAAGGACCGUGGCAGGGAUAAGACUCGAAAAAGGCGCAGUGCUUCCAGUGGAAGCAGCAGUACCAGGUCUCGGUCCAGUUCCACCUCCAGCUCGGGAUCUAGCACCAGCACAGGCUCAAGCAGUGGAUCCAGCUCCUCCUCUGCAUCCAGCCGCUCCGGAAGCUCCAGCACAUCCCGCAGCUCCAGUUCCAGCAGCUCCUCUGGAUCUCCUAGCCCUUCUCGGCGCAGGCAUGACAACAGGCGGCGUUCCCGCUCCAAAUCCAAACCACCUAAAAGAGAUGAAAAGGAAAGGAAAAGGCGGAGCCCUUCCCCUAAACCCACCAAAGUGCAUAUUGGAAGGCUCACCAGGAAUGUGACCAAGGAUCACAUCAUGGAGAUAUUUUCCACCUAUGGAAAAAUUAAAAUGAUUGACAUGCCUGUAGAAAGGAUGCAUCCUCAUCUAUCCAAAGGCUACGCAUAUGUGGAGUUUGAGAAUCCAGAUGAAGCUGAGAAGGCACUGAAGCACAUGGAUGGAGGACAAAUCGAUGGCCAGGAGAUCACUGCUACUGCUGUGUUGGCCCCCUGGCCUAGGCCACCCCCCCGACGAUUCAGCCCUCCCAGGAGAAUGCUGCCACCACCUCCCAUGUGGCGUAGGUCGCCCCCACGCAUGAGGAGGAGGUCACGCUCUCCAAGACGCAGGUCCCCCAUGCGCAGGCGGUCCCGCUCUCCUGGCCGCCGCCGCCACAGAAGCCGCUCCAGUUCUAACUCCUCCCGAUAAAUAGGGCCACCCAGGCUCAUCUACCUAUACCUUGUGUUCCACGCAGCUCAGUUGUGUCACUUUUCUAGCCGAAGGAGGGUUAGCAGGAAAGGACCCCUCACUUGGGCAGGCUUCAAAGGCAGCAGUUGAGGCCUUUCCUCUGCAGGCAGGUUCUGGCUGCAGAAGUGCUGUGCCCCUUGGGGUGCCCUGCAGUUUUCUGGCUGGAAAGUUCACCCAUUCCCAUUCCUACAUCUGUUCAGUGGCAGAGCCAGCAGGGACCGGCAGGCUUCCAGGUGGCAGUGUGGCCCAGCCUCUUCACAGAUGUGUUGCCUGGGCCAGUCUGGCAAAUCUGGUUGUACCCUUGCUGUUGCUGUGCUGUGUCUGCAGGAAAGGGGACCAAGCCACUCUGUUCCUGUUAGGCCUGGCCUUUCCCCGCCUGCUUGAAUUCUUUUCCAGCCUCUAGGGUAGUGCCCCGACUUGUUAGUUGCUGUAAAUGGUUCUGUCUGCCCAUGUCCUCCCACAGCCCCGUGCCCCACAUAGCCCUUACUCUGGAAUUGGUGAGCGAGUUGAGGGCCAGCUCUGCGAGUUCCCACGAGGCCCGGCCCUGGCUGCCGGUCCUGGUGGUCCUGCAGGAUACCUUGGCAACGUGUACAUUGCUGUUUUGUUUUUUUCUCUCAUUGUACAGUCAGUACUAUAAAAUGUUUUGAGUUUUGUAACUUUGUAGCGUUUUAGUAAGGUUGUGUUUGUACUUUGUUGAGUAGAGUGGUGAAGAUGUAUUGAAUAAACCUAGGAGUAGGAUGCA